GGGGAGCGGGGGGUGAGGCCGGGGCCGGGGGGUGAGGCCGGGGCCGGAGAUGCUGUUGGUUCUCGCAGACGAGCACAGGCGCCAUCUCAGCUUCCUGAGCGCGACCACGGCAGCGGUUGUGAGCGAGUUCUGCCGGAUUGCUGUGGAGUUUUUGAAGAAAGGCUCAAAUCCCAAAAUAUAUGAGGGAGCAGCAAGGAAACUGAGUGUGAGUGCUGAGACUGUGCAGCAUGGUGUUGAGGGACUGAUGUAUCUGCUCACUGAGAGCUCCAAGCUGAUGAUUUCCCAGGUGGAUUUCCAGGACUCGGUGCUGGUCUUGGGUUUUCCAGAGGAACUGAACAAGCUGCUGCUUCAGCUGUAUCUGGACAAUCGGCAAGAAAUCCGGAGCAUCCUGAAUGAGCUGACCCCCGACCUCCCUCAUUACCACAACUUGGAGUGGAGACUGGAUGUGCAGUUGGCCAGUCGUGCCUUGAGGCAGCAGAUCAAGCCUGUUCUGACCCUGAAGUUACACCUGGAGCAGAAUGGAUGUGCGAGUGCUAGCGUGCUCCAGACAGACCCUGCCACGCUGCUGCACCUGAUUCAAGAGCUGGAACAAGCUUUGGGUGAAAUGAAGAGCAACCAUUGCAGGAGGAUCGUGCGUAACAUCAAGUAGAGUUGACCCCAUCUGUUGGCAUUGAUGUGCUGAUUGUGAGAUGUUGACAUGUUUUUAUUCAACAAACCUAUUGUUGUUUGGUCUACUUCUGUUGUUGGAACAAGGGCUGGUUUUACUCUCUUUGUGGGGCUCAGGCUCAGAACUCAGUGAAUCAGACAAGUGUCAGACAUGGGGCGAUUUGAUAAAACAGACUGCCCAAGGUCACACCCGCUGUUUUCCUCUUGCAGCAGGCAUAGUUUGGAGCAGCACAAACACAUGAGAUGUUGCACUCAAUUCUGGAACCACUCAAUUCUGGAUCCCCAAUGAGGAGGAGAAGCCAUGGCGCAAACACCACAUACACCCUCGCAUACACACACUCACAUACACUUGAGUGUAACAGCAGGAAUGUGAAAAAUGCAGAGAAGCAAAACCGAUUGUAGAUGGCAGUGUGGACACUAACCAGGAAUAAACUAACAAGUGGAAGUGCUGGAGGUGAGGAGCACUGAGUGACCUCUGCCCUCUCUCUCUCUCUCUCUCUCUUUCGCUGUGAACCCUGAAUUCAUAUCCAGCACAGCUCACGAGAUCCUGAAAACUGACUGGAGCAUUCAUUGCUCUGGAGUUUGGGCCGUUACAAGCGGUUUCCUGGAGGCACAAUGUGUUGUCAGUGGGUGGCGCUGUCUGGCCACUGACACUUGGCAGAUGGUUUUUUUUUGACCGAUGUUGGGAAAAGGCUCUGUUUGUGCAGAGUAAAAUAAUGCUCUGUGUCUGCGAGCCUGGUAUUACAGUUGGAAACACUCCUCCUGCCCAUUCGUGCCACAAGUUCCAAAAAGCAGGGGGAAAAAAUUGAUUCACCGUUGAUGGUAUCUCGUAAAUCUUUUCCGUGUAAUUUCUUGUCAAUUUGUGGAAAAUUUGGGCCCUCCAAAGUCUUGAGUGACGACCUGAUUAAGCAGCGGGAAUAAAUUUCUUUUUUUUCCCCCGCCAUUGUGAUUCCUCUCUGACUGCUGUGCCAUUGCUAUUUCCUGCUGGCUCUGUUCACACACAAUCCUUGUCCUGCAACCUACUACUUAGUGCAUGGUAAUAAUAGUCAUGUUAUGCACCAAAUAAAAUCCCAAGCUUUAGUGAAGCUGAGUUGGCUAACACGUCACCAAGUUACAUUGUGUCAACUUACAAUACAGUGUAGAAAUGACUAAUCUUGUUAUCAAGUCCAAGGGAUUUGUUACCUGAGCUGCUCAGGUGGCCUCCCACUGCCCUUACAGUCAAUGUGCCUUUGCUGUAAACACACGAUGAAUUGCUUUGCUAAUUUUAUGGUUCCAAAUUAAUGCCAAAUGUAAGUUGCCUCCCUACCAGAUAGUUUAGAGGAUAUGAAAAGUUUGCACGAAAGUGUGAAUUGCUAUAAACAUGACUUGUUACUUGCCUGAACUGUCACAGUCCAAGUUGUGCCUGAAUAUUGAGUGUACAGCGAUAAUAAGCCAUGUACUCCCUGGGCCUUACAAAAUACAAUGAGAUCCGGCUGACGUUUCAGUAUGUGAUUCCAGUAAAAUGAAAAUCUUCUGCUGAAGCACGCAACACAAUCCCAGCAGGGAGGCAGAAUUGUAUGAUAUGGCUCUUCCAGUUUAGAGAGUUGUCUUAGAAUAGAAUCAGGUCUUUUAUCAUAGCCAGAGUUGAAUCCCAGGCCAGCACUGAGUAAACCUCAAUACGACCCAAUCCCCUGUCUUUGAAUGUAUUUGUAAAGGGAAUGGCUUUCCUUCCCUCUUGCUUCUCAGUGGAGUGUUGUGUGUCAAUGUUCUGUGUGGGAGUGCUGAUACUGGUACUAUGGGCCAGGAUCAGGGCCCUGGUCUCUCUUUUGAAUUUUGUUGAAUGAAGUCCCCAUUUUACAAUUUACAUGAAUUGACACACAUAUUUAGGGUGAGAUGCAUUGUGUUCUGGGAACAAGUGGGACCAAGCUAAUUGCAGUUAAUGUUGCAGCAACUUCACCUUUUAGACCCAUCAGAAAAUGGGAGGGAGUAAGUAGACUGAGUCACAAUAUGAGUCUCGAGCUUUGGCACAUGUGGAUUGAAUGAGGGCUCUAUACAGUGUAAAGACUGAAUUAAACAUGUUUACUCUUUCACAUUAUUAAAAGAUUCACUGUCUUCAA